AUGCAGUCAGUAUUCUUAUCGAUAAACCAAGUUGAGCAAGGCUCUUACGAGUUUUGAACGCCUUUCAACAACGAAGAAAUAAAAGAAGUCUUCAAAUGGCAGCUAUCAGAGGCUAAAAAGCCGGGUUUUCUAAUAGAAAACACUUACAUUUUGUCUGAUAAAGCCCUAAUCAAACUUGAAGCUGGCUCGAAAGUCCCUGUAAGUACUGUAAAUAUCCAAUGGAAGCUGAUCGAGCCUUUUGUGGAGGAGAAAGACGACAUUACUAGAUAUGGCUUUAGCCUUGGACACCAGAAUGCAAGCCACGAUUUUUAUGUAAAGAAUAAAGAAGAGCUGGACUUAUGGGUUUUAUGUGAUAUAAAUUGGAAUAUUCCUGUGUAUCAUUUUUCAUAUUUUUUAUCGAAAUUUUUUCUCGUGAUAGAUUUUUAGCUUUUUUUCCCGAAAAAUUUGUCUCACAAAGAAAAAGUUAUUAAUAAAAAUUUUUGGGAUGUCACACGAAGAAAAAAUUUCUAUCAAAUAAUUGGCAACUGGAUUUAUGGCUUGACAAACUGUCAUACGUAGGGAUUCUAACAGAUCUCGAAGAUGAUUAUGAGCUUGAAAUAGUUCUAGGAAGAGGAGCCUACUCUAAGGUUUUCCUUGGUAAACAUCGAAAAGAUUGUAAAAAGUAUGCCAUAAAAUCUAUCGAUAAGCUUGAAAUCAAAGGAAGCCAAGAAAACUACGAAGCACUCAUAAAGGAAAUAAAAAUUAUGAGAAAAUUAAAUCAUCCAAAUAUAAUAAAACUUCAUAAAAUUUAUGAAGAUGAAGACCACGUACAUUUAGUUCUAGAUUAUGCCAAAGGCGAAGACCUGUAUACCAGAGUUCUCAUGAAAGAUAAUUUCACUGAGAGAGACGUGGCUAAAUUGAGCCAAAAACUUUUAUGUGUACUAGAUUACUUAUACCCCCUUCAAAUUGGAACACAAAAAUCUGUUCCAAUUUAAAGGGGACAAUUUCUUUAAAUUUUUUGUCUAUAGAAAAUUUAUAUUCUGUCAAUGUAUAAAAAAGAAUUUUAAAAAUUUAAAAAUAUAAAUUGAAACGAGAUUUUUGAUUAUUUUGAAGAAUUAAUACAAAAAUUAAUCGAUCCAGCGUAAAAUUAUUAUAUAGUUAGUGACACUGACUAUAAUAAUAUUCUAAUUGAGCUUUUCGUUAAACUAAGUCUAAUCUAAUUUUAUAAAAAAAAAUUAUAUCUAUAAAAUUUUUCUAUUAAAAAAUAUUUAUUUCAUUUAAAGGGGGCUAAAAUAUCAAAAAAUGCAAAUUUUGUGUCUAUAUUUUGUUCCAAUUUAAAGGCGGGGAGUUAAAUUCCCAAAAUAUUGUGCAUAGAGAUAUAAAGCUUGAAAACAUCCUUAUGGAUUCCUAUGAAAAUGACUACGAUUUUAAGCUUGCUGAUUUUGGAUUAGCAACAGAAGCCUCUGGAGAUCUAAAGCUCAGAUGUGGCACCCCCGGCUAUAUCGCCCCUGAGAUUCUCAGAAGGCAGCCAUACGGCACCAAAAGUGAUUUAUUUUCUGUAGGGAUCAUUAUGUAUAUAUUAUUAUCCGGAAAAAUGCCUUUUUACAGUGAGUCAGUAAAAGACAUCCUUGUAAAAAACACUGAGUGUAUAAUAAAUUUCAAUGACCAUGUAUGAAAAUACGUAUCAAAGGAUGCUAUCAACCUAAUUAAAAGGUUGACUGAUCCUAAUCCCGAAAAUAGAAUCCCUCCUGAAGAAGCGGUAGGGCACAGAUGGUUUUGUAAAAAACUAAAAUCUAUUAGUUUCAGAUCCAGAAGUCUGAAAAGUCGCUCACAAGAAAUCAAUAGGGAAAGAGGAGAUUUUCAGGUAGAAUGUGUAAAAAUAAAGACCAGAAUACUCCCGAACAAUUUUGUUCCAAUAAAGAAAGCUAGGUUGCAGAGGUUAAUUAAAGGCAAAGUUUAUUAA